GUAUAAAGGCAGCUGGCCAGCAGACGAAUUACUCUGCCAGUUCACUCUCGAAGUAAACUUCCUCUUUAGGACAACAUGACGCUCAAGUCUGUCACAGAGAGCUUUGCCAACAUGAUUCACCACUUGAAAGCGGGACACCUCACAGAUUCUGUCAUUUGGAGGAGCAAGAGAAUGAUCCUGGAUACGCUGGGCGUGGGGUUCCUGGGAACAAACACAGAAGUGUUUCACAUCGCCAGCCAAUACAGUAAAGUCUACUCUUCUGGUGGAACCAGUACUGUUUGGGGUCGACCAGACUUCAGGCUCCCACCCACCUAUGCUGCUUUUGUUAAUGGAGUGGCUAUCCACUCAAUGGAUUUUGAUGACACAUGGCACCCUGCCACCCACCCUUCUGGGGCUGUCCUUCCCGUUGUCACAGCUUUAUCAGAAGCCUUGCCACAGAGUCCAAAGUUGUCUGGUCUUGACCUGCUGUUGGCUUUCAACAUUGGAAUUGAAGUGCAAGGCCGAUUAAUGCGUUUCUCCAAGGAAGCCAACAACAUACCAAAGAGAUUCCAUCCUCCCUCGGUGGUAGGAACUUUGGGCAGUGCUGCUGCAACAGCCAAGCUUUUAGGGCUCAGCAAGACAAAGUGUCAAGAAGCUCUGGCUAUCGCCAUCUCUCAUGCAGGAGCACCUAUGGCAAAUGCUGCUACUCAGACCAAGCCCCUUCAUAUUGGCAAUGCUGCCAGGCUUGGGAUAGAGUCUGCAUUUCUGGCAAUGCUGGGUCUCCAAGGAAACAAGCAGAUCUUGGAUUUGAAAACAGGAUUUGGGGCCUUCUAUGACAACUAUAACCCCAAAGUCCUUCCAAAUCUGGACACCUACACUUGGCUGCUAGACCAGCAGGAUGUGGCUGUCAAGUGUUUCCCUGCCCACCUGGCCACCCAUUGGGUAGCUGAGGCAGCCGAAUCGGUACGAAAGCACCUGGUGACAGACAAAGGUCUGCUUCCUGUUGAGCACAUCAAGAGAAUUGUGCUGAGGAUUCCAGAGGUCCCAUAUGUAAACAGGCCCUUCCCAGACUCGGAACACGAAGCUCGUCAUUCCUUCCAGUAUGUGGCCUGUGCCAUGCUCCUUGAUGGUGCUGUCACCAUCCCAUCAUUCCAACAAUCCCAAAUCAACAGACCACAGGUUAGAGAGCUGCUCCAGAAGGUGGCACUGGAGCACCCUCCGGAUAAUAUUCCAAGCUUCGACACACUGUACUGCGAGGUGAGCGUCACCCUUGGGGAUGGAGCCACCUUCACUGGGCGCUCGGAUACCUUCUAUGGUCACUGGAGAAGGCCUCUGAGCCAAGAAGAUCUGCAGAAAAAGUUCAGAGCCAACGCCUCCACAAUGCUGCCCAGCGACACAGCUGAAAGUCUUAUAAAAACGGUAGAAAAUCUUGAAGACCUAGAGGACUGCUCUGUUCUAACCUCACUUCUAAAAGGAGCUUCCCCUCAGAGGCCACAAUAUUCAGUACACAGUAAUUCCAUCCACAGUCACUCCUGAGGCUCAUUGAUCCUUAAGUGAUUCAGUAUUUGGGGAAUCAAUAAUUUGCUAUAAAGCAAGGAACUGCUAUUUGGACUGCCCAGGAACACCUGCUAUAAAAUGGAAAGACUCAGGAAAAAAAAUUGCAUUCAUCUGGAAAGAACCUUCCUGAAUUCUGCACGAUAAUUCAAAUCACCUAAAUUGAGAUAAUAAACAUGCAAGAAACACAAAAAGUUGAUUUGAGAAUUAUUCACUAGUGUACAAUUCAAGUAAUCUGUGAUCCACAUGCAAAAACUAAUCUUUUACAAGGACUGAUUUAUGAACUUCAUGAACCUCAAGGCUAUAGAAGAUGACCUUGAAGGUGUAUUUAUGGUCAAUGGAGAGCAGUUCUGGUCUGUUGCACCUCCAGCAGAUGACUUAGCUUGUGCUUCUUACCAACCUCCCCACAGUGCAAUGGAUAUACCUGCCUCUGCAGACAAUAUGUUCUAUUUUUAAUCAGGAAUAUUUGAAUGUUUUAAUAGAUUUGUAGAUACCUAAUUUACGUAUCAUUAAAUGGCCCAUUUCAACUA